GCGCUGUUGGUGACACACUGAGCUUCACCCAGCAGGACCUCUGACAGAACGGAGACCUUCAGGCUAUCCUCCUGACAGCAUCACCUCCAACCACCACAACGCUUCUGCUGAGCUUUAAUGUCACUCCCAUCAUCUGCUGGAGUCUUCUUCUCUGCAGAUUCCCCAUCGAACCUCAGAAUGCAGAGCGUCGGGCUUCAGCGCCGCCUCCUCGUCUCUGUCUGCCUCUUCCUCCGCCUUCUGACCUCAGCUGAGUCGCAGCAGGUGGAGCAGCUAGUGGAGGAGGUGCAGAAUGUCCCAGUGGAGGUCAUCACUGAGAGCUCCCCCUGCAGCGCCACCUGUGGGCUGGGCCUCCGGACUCAGACUCUGUGCCUCCUAAAUGACAGCAGGGCAGCGAUGGAGGAGAAGCUGCCGAGCGGCGGUGAAGCAGAGGUGACGGAGAAGUGCCGCGUCCGGGCGGUGCAGUGCAUGGACACGUGGCAGUGCGGACUCCAAACCAUGACAGUCACAUCCGGACAGAGGGUGGAGGUUGACUGUGUGGGAGACGUGAUGGAGGCCACGGGGAGGUUCUCCUGGAGGGUGUCGUGGCGUUACGCCCGAGGGAUCAUCAGCACUGACGACGCUCUGCUCGCCCGCUGGGACGCUCCCGAGCUGGACCGAGUGGUUCUGGACCCCGUCAGAGAGGAGGAUGCAGGGACGUACCGCUGUGACGUGCAGGACGCCGCCUACCGCAGGGUCAAACGGGCUUACUGGGGCAUCCGGGUUCUGCCCGUCGGCGUCCUCAGCCUGGACUACGACAGCUCGCUGGCCCUUUGGGAUGAAGGCGAGAAGAACCAGACCGAAGAGGAGGAGGAGCAGAGGAAGAUCUUUCCCUUUGCUCUCCUUGCGAUGGGCGUCAGCGUAGCGGUCGCUGGCGUCUUCGCUGCUCUGCUGAGAGGCUACGAGGCGAUGAAGAGGAUAAGGAGGAGGAGAAGAGGGAUUUAAAGGCGUCUGGUUCCUUCUGAAUCUGCCAACCUGCUUCAAAUAAUUGAAAAUCGUUUUUCAGGAGUUUGUUAUUAAAAUGAAUGACAAAUAAAACCCAAACCUGCAGAUACACGUCA